UAGAUUGACAGAUCAAAUAAAUACGAUCGAAUUAAAAUUUUAUCAUAAUUCUUAACAAAAUUUAAUACGUUACGAUAUUGGCUAUUGCAUAGCUUUUCCUCUAAAAUAAUAAUCCAACAUACAACUUAUUAUAUUCGGAAAUCAUAUUAUAUCAAGCCUUUUAAAAACUUACUCAACCGCAAAUCUUCAAUCCAUAAUUCAAAUGUCGUCCACUUCUAAAAUCGUACUUGGUUUAACCUGUCUUGUUACUACAGGAAUAGUUGGUUAUGUACAUAUAAAACAACAGUCGGACAGAGAAAAGAUGCAUGAAGGUGUUUUAAGAGAUACAGAGCGGCAACAAAGGAGAAAAAUAGAAAAUGUAUAUAUCCUGGAAAAACAAAAUGAAUUGACAAAACAACUCAAAAGGGACUUAGGCAGUAGUUAAUAAAACAUUACUAGUUUAGCUAAUUACUAUUUAUUCUUAUAACUAAG